AGCGGCGGCCCCUGCAGGACUCCCAGCUCCGCCACCUCCUGGGACUUACAGAGCAACUCGACCUCCUGCCUGCUGUCAACAUGGUGCUGACUGGUGAAGAGCGCAAGCUGAUCCAGACCACCUGGUCCAAACUGGCCUCCGAGCACGAGGAUCUGGGCGGCGAAUGCAUGACCAGGCUUUUCCAGGUCUACCCGCAGUCCAAGAUCUACUUCCCGCACUUCGACCUGUGCCCCGGCUCCAACGACAUUCACCGCCAGGGCCACAAGAUCAUCAAGGCCCUCGACGGCGCCAUCAAGAACCUGGACAACAUCCGCGCCUGCCUGUCCGAUCUCAGCGACCUGCACGCCUACAACCUCCGCGUGGACCCCGUCAACUUCAAGUUUAUGACCAGGUGCCUCCACGUGACACUGGCUUCCAGCCUCCGCGGAGACUACAACGCCCUGGUCUACAUGGCCUUUGACAAGUUCUUCUGCCUGGUGGGCGAGGUGCUGACCGAGAAGUACAGAUGAGCCCCACCCCCCUCUCGCCUCGGAGCUGCCGUUUGCGCCCCGUCUCGGGCACUCCGCCUCCGCUGUGCCACUGAGCAAUAAAAUGCGUGAACCUC